AUGUUGAAUAUGAUAAUAUUUUCUCAAAAAUCGUCGGAUACUAGCGAAAGUAUCGAAAAUAUCACUGAAACUGAUGGAGAUUCUUUUGAAAGUUCAGAAAUAUCUCUACCUCGGUUCGUUCGUUUUUGGAUUCUUAUUCUACUUGAUAUUCCAUCUGUUGCAUGUACAUUUUUUCUACUCUUUCAUCUUAUUCUAAAUCGAACAUUACGACGUGAAAUAAAUAAUCAUAUUAUUAUUAUUCUACUUGCAUUUGGAUUAGCUGGUCAACUCAUUGAUAUUCCAUUAUAUCUUACAUUUAUUACUCAUACAGGUAUAGUCUUUCCAUCGACACCUGCAACAUGUCUAAUAUGGUGGCUUGCUGCAUUUGGUUUUUAUAAUGGAGGUACACUUCUAAUGGCUUGGGCUGCUAUUGAACGUUAUUUAUUAGUAUAUCAUGAUCGAUUGUUGUCGACUAAUCGAAAACGUCUUCUUAUACAUUAUUUUCCUUUAAUUAUGAUUAUUCUUUAUACUGGUAUAUUCUAUAUUGUUGUUAUUUUUUUACCACCUUGUGAAAAUAUUUAUGAUUAUACAUUACCAAUAUGUAAUGCAUAUCCAUGUUAUCAAUCAUAUGGUGUACUUGGCAUGUGGGAAUUUGGUGCAAAUAAUAUUGCACCUACAGUAGUUGUUGGUUUUUUUAGUAUGUUACUUUUAAUUCGUGUUACAUUAUUAAAACGUCGUCUUAAUCAACCAAUGCAAUGGCGUAAACAACGUCGAAUGACAAUACAAUUAUUAUCAAUAACAUCAUUAAAUUUAAUUUUUAAUAUGCCACUCAAUAUUCUUUCUCUAGCUCAUUUAUGUGGUCUACCUAGUGAUGUUGGAUUUGAAGCACAACAAUAUUUUUAUUUUUCAUGUUAUUUUCUUAUAUUAUUAUUUCCUUUUGUUUGUCUAUAUCAAUAUCCAGAUUUAUACAAAAAACUAUUUUGUAAACGAACAGAACGAUCAAUUCAUGUUGCACCACCUUCAAAUGCUACUUUAAAUAUACAUGCACGUGUUGUUUUCUAA